AACCGGAGAGAGACACACACAAACACACACACACACACACAGAGGGAGUUUCGUAACUUCGGGAAGUUUUGUGGAGCCAUCGAUCACUGGACCGUCUUGUUUUUCCUCAGCCUCAUGUCAGUGACACCGCGCAGCGCCGACCGUCGCCUGCGUCACUUUUUCAGCGGAGUUGUGUGAUUGAGUUUCUCACAGAAACGGGACAUUUUGCCGUUCAGCGAGGCAGCAGCAGCUCUGUGAAAGCACCGACUCUCCUCCAGGAAUAGACCGUCUGAGAAGAGCCUGGCCUGUGCAGCCAUGCUGAUGUAUGAUUACCCUCUGAAGACAGACAUGGAGACGCAGUCAUUCUACUCUUCGUUCGUGAAAACCCCGGAGCCAUACGGAGUGAUCUUCUCCCACUCCGCCCACCUCUACCACCCCACGCACAUGCAUGCCUUCACCCACACCCCCAGCAACCCCACACAAACCCAGCUGGAGCCCGUGGACCUGUCAGUCAGCAAGCGCUCCUCCUCCACCUCUUCUUCCUCCUCCCCUCCCUGCUCCUCCGCCCCGUCCCCGGCCUCCUUGCGCAGCUCCCCGCCAUCCCCCUACAGCUCAGCGAGCCGCGCCUCCCCCCGCUGCUCCCCCCCACACUCCCAGCUGCGCUCCUCGCCCUCCCACGCUCUUCCGCCGCCCACUCCCUCACUUCCUUACCCCGCCAUGGUGGCUCCUCUGAUCGGCUCGGGCUCCGGAGUCAUCCAGGGUUCGGGGGUCAUGGUGUCUCCGGUCAUGGUGCCUCUGUCUGUCCUCUACCCGUCGCCUCUCCGCCUGCAUCAGCCAAUCAUGGUGAGCCCACCUGUCGGCAGUGAGGACGACCUUCAUCGAAGCAGGGAGCACAAGACAGUUCACAAUACGAAGCCCCUGGAGCUGCGAGGCGACGCCCACGACCUGCACAAGCCAAUCAAAACAGAGCCUCGUCCGGAGCUCGGUCAAGACCUCCAUAGCAACCAUGAGAUGAAACCAUCAGUCAUCAGGAUACCACAGGAAUACGGGGGUAACAACCCAUCAGUAAUAGUUCAUUCGGGCACGCAGCAUCCUCUCCCUGCUGAAUCUCCGGACACACUGAAAAAGCGGCGAAUCCAUCGCUGCGACUUCUCCGGCUGCAACAAAGUGUACACCAAGAGCUCCCACCUCAAAGCACACCGCAGGACACACACCGGUGAGAAACCCUACAAGUGCAUGUGGGAAGGCUGCACGUGGAAGUUCGCCCGCUCAGACGAGCUGACGAGACACUUCCGCAAGCACACAGGAGUCAAGCCGUUCCAGUGCCCCGACUGUGAACGCAGCUUCUCCCGCUCUGACCACCUGGCUUUGCACAAGAAACGCCACCUACUGGUGUGAAACCCUCCACCGAGCAACUUGAAAGAAACUGGGUGCUGGUUUCAGCGUUGGACUGUACCACUUUGACUUGAGGGGUCGGGGAUUUUAAUGAGCUGGCCUUACACAUUGGACUCUGACAGGGAGUGGGGGAAAUGUUCCUCAGGGUGCAAGUUUAAACCCUUUCACCUCAUUGGCCUGAAUAUGCGCUGGUGUCAGCCUGCUAAUCAUGCAACCAUCACACCAUCUGUCAGUUUUUGCAGAUUUAUCAUCAGCUCAUUGUGACAUUAUAAUAGAUAUAUGGUUGUUGUACCACACCUCUGAUUAGCUUUGGGAAGUCCAGACACUUUUUUAAAGAGAGGCUGCAGCAUCUCAGCUGGCCUGAGAGCAGCGCCAUCUUGUGGCUUCAGAACCAAACUGCAUUGACACCUGCUCAGUUUAAGCCACAGACUCUUCACACAGCAUGCUCAAGCUUCCUCUUUUGCUCAUUACUCUGCAUGCAUUCAAAUAAAGGUUGUGGACUUAAACACACACACAUGCAUUAUUUGCUAGCUAGGCCAACAUAAUGUGAAACUUUCCAGAAUGUAUCAUAUCACACCUACUGUGCAUCCUGUCAUACAUACUUCAGCUUGCUUUAAUCAGCGCAGCUACCUGUGACGUUACGCUAAUGCUAGCUGCUUCAUAGACCGCCACAUUAAAACACCACACACCUCAUCUGCCUCUACAAGCUUACAUCAUGAAGUGACUUUACAAACAUUAACAGGUCGCCAAUGCUCGCUUUUCUCUUGUACAUACAUGCACACAGCACACACAGCAGGAACAUGCACUUAAUAAAAGCAGCUCAGCCUCAGUCUGGUGUGCUUUUGGUAUUUGGGUUGAAAAAAGGGGGAAUUUGGGUCUUGUUCAUUGUCAGAGUGAAGUGUUUUUUUUUAAUGUUUUCAUUCAGAAAUGUGAAAGUUGCUGCACAGGGGCAUUAUUGUGUUAGCGAGGAAAAGACACCACUCGGUUGGUUUAAGGGUAGAAGCAAUGAAAUGUCUUAUAUGGAGUUUAUGUAUCUAUAUGAACUGUUGUUUGGUUUGUGAUGUGACACCGUGGUAGCCUUUUUUAUUGUAUGACACUUUUACAUGGGAAAAAUACAAAGUGCAAAGCAGGGAAAUUUGCUCUUUACUUGUUGUUUUUCAGGAGCAGAUGAGCUUUAUUCCAGCCUUUAUACAGUUUGUAUAAUCUGAAAGACAAUGCCAUUUAAUUCAACAGUUUUCUGAAACAAAAGUCACAAGAUAGAAAGUAUUCUUCUACUAUACUAUCAGUUUUUUAAAUGCCAUCACAAUUUUAGAGCACAAUUUUCUAUUUUUACAGCUUCUGGAGAACAAAAUUGUUUUAUCGCGUGUUUGUACAUGUCUCCAAUGUGCACUUUAUAUAUAAAUAUAUAAAACUUUCCCAGAGCCAAUCAUUAUUAAUCACAUAAUUUUUUUCCGUUCAUAAAUCUGCUGGUCAGUUUGAUCUGAAACAUUUAACAGGUGCCUUGGUUUGUCAUUUGUUACCAAACAAAUGUGUGACUGUUUCUUUUAUCCACAUGUACACACACACACACACACACACACACACACACACACACACACACACACACACAUCGAAUGUAGCGGCUAAACUGAUCUGCAUUUGCCCCAGGAUAUUCUUUGCUUUUAAAUGUUAUUGUAUCUCUGCAAAUGUAAGUUGUAAUAUAUAUAUAUAUAUAUAUUUUAUAAUUGAAUAUUAGACUGAAAGGGCAAUUAAAGGUUUUUUUUAUCAAGCAUGAUUUUGAUACUCAUAAUAAUGGAUAUUACGCAUUUCUAUAAUGUUGUGUCUAUAAUAAACCCUAUCUCUUUUAAUCUAAACGUUGGCAAUUCAAAGGGAACAUGUUAAACUGUGAACAUAUAACUGUACAGAUCUAUCUGCAAUUUUGCAUUUAUUUUAAAACAGAAUAUUCAUACCACUUAAUAAACUUAUUGAUAAUAUUUGCAGAA